GUCCUCUAUGGAUCACUCUAGCUGGCAAGCAUAUACGCAAGAGUAGUAGGAAAAGGAAGUUUCGUUUUGAGAAUAUGUGGCUGCGGGAUGACAACUGUCGAGAGAUAGUACAACAGGGCUGGUCUUCAACUCCGGGCAGUGGAAAUUGGGAUGGCUUGUUAGCAAAGGUCAAGGCUUGCUCGAGUACACUGGAGUCUUGGAACUUGACCCAUUUUGGCCAUGUCCAACGUAGGAUUAAGCAGAACAUAACAGCUCUUGAGGCGUUACAGUGCCAACCUGAAUCUGCAAAAUCUUUAUCUGAAGAGAAACAACUGCUAGUUGAGACUGAGGAAUGGCUUGAGCGUGAGGAAAUAUUGUGGAGACAACGGUCACGGGACAUUUGGCUGCAGGAAGGUGAUCGCAAUACUCGUUUCUUCCACAUGAGGGCUUCCAGGCGAAGGGAGCGCAACACAGUUGGCAAGCUUUUGAAGGAUGAUGGCCAAUGGACUGAUAAUCCAGCAGAAAUCAGGAGUAUUGCUAGUAGUUAUUUUGAAUCACUUUUCUCAUCUUCCUCACCAAGCGACUUGGAGUAUGUGUUGAACUGUGUUGAGCCUUGUGUACAGGAGGAUGAUAACAGGUUCCUUCUCAGUGAAUUUACAGAGCACGACAUUACACGUGCCCUGUUCCAAAUGCAUCCAUCCAAGGCUCCGGGGCCUGACGGUUUAUCACCGGGUUUUUUCCAACAUUUUUGGGAUAUUGUCAAAAUGGAUGUGAUAGGCCCUUGUUUAAAGUUUUUGAAUGAGAAUGAACCCCUGCCCGAGCAGUUGAAUUUCACUAACAUUGUGCUUAUACCAAAGUGCCCCAAACCAAAAACCAUGGCUAACUUACGUCCAAUUAGUCUUUGCAAUGUUAUUUACAAAGUAUUGGCUAAAACACUAGCAAAUCGAUUUAAAUCGGUUCUAUCCUCAGUGAUUUCACCUGUGCAGAGUGCCUUCUUGCCGAACCGACUCAUCACAGACAACUUCUUGAUUGCUUUUGAGGUCCUACAUCACAUGAAAGUAAGAAAGAAGAGGAAAAGGGGGUGGCAGGCCAUCAAACUUGAUAUGAGUAAAGCUUUUGACAGGGUAGAAUGGCCAUAUCUUGAGCAGAUUAUGAGAUCACUGGGCUUUGCUGAGCAUUGGAUACAAUUGAUUAUGGCUUGUGUUACAUCAGUUCAGUAUGAGGUGCUGUUGAAUGGCUCCGAGGCCGGGCAAGUAUCUCCAACUAGGGGGAUACGUCAAGGAGAUCCCCUCUCUCCAUAUCUCUUCAUCCUCUAUGCAGAGGGCCUUACUGCUAUGAUACACGAUGCUGAGAGAAGAAGGUUACUUCAUGGUAUAAAGAUUUGCCACAGGGCCCCUUGCAUAUCCCACUUAUUGUUUGCCGAUGAUAGCUUCCUAUUUUUACGAGCUACUGAAACAGAGGCCCAGAAUUUGAAGGACAUCCUCCAGAAGUAUGAAUUGAUGUCAGGGCAGAAGGUGAAUCUAUGCAAAUCAGCUAUUUCAUUUAGUAGUAGUGUCCAUAGUAGCAUUCGCAGGUGUAUUACAGAUAUUCUUGGCAUGGAAGAGAUCGAGCAUCAAGGCCAGUAUUUGGGCUUUCCAGCCUAUGUUGGUAGAUCACGUUCUGCAGCCUUCUCCAAUCUAAAAAGCAAAUUCUGGGCUCGUAUUAAUGAGUGGAGGGCACAACCACUAUCCAGAGCAGGUCGUGAGGUCUUAAUUAAAUUUGUUCUUCAAGCUCUUCCUACUUAUGUGAUGGGUUUGUUUAAGCUCCCCAAGACGCUUUGUACAGACCUUGAGCGGAUUAUGAACAGAUAUUGGUGGGGAGGGGGUGAGGAGGAGCAUAAGAUCCACUGGCUGGAAUGGAGGAGACUAGCUAUUUCGAAAAAGCAUGGUGGGCUGGGUUUUAGGGCACUCCAUGAAUUCAAUAUGGCCAUGUUGGGGAAACAAGGUUGGAGAUUGAUGACAAAUCCUGAUUCGUUAGCUGCCCAGCUAUUGAAGGCAAAAUACUUCCCUCGCACCAACUUCCUGCACGCUGUUUUGAAACCCGGUUGUAGCCUAACUUGGAGAAGUAUAUGUAGCUCGAAAGAGCUUUUGAGCAGGGGUUGUCGGCGGCUUCUAGGUGAUGGGCGUAGCACUGAGAUCUGGGGAGAUCCUUGGCUUCCAGGAAAUUCUGAGUUUUAUCUCCAAUCACCACGUCCGCCCAACUAUGAGCUUAGAUAUGUCAGUGACUUAAUUGAUGACAGUUCUCAUGCGUGGAAUCGAGACUUAAUCCAGAAUACUUUCUCUUCUUAUGAAGCUCAUCUAAUCAUAUCUCUUCCAAUUAGCUGGGAGCAACGUGAGGAUAGGUGGACGUGGAGUCUCACACGGCAUGGUACCUACUCUGUACGUUCUGGAUACCAUUGUGCGAUGAAUAUGCAGAGGGACAUGGGUGUUCCAAGUAGCUCCAAUGCAUCCUUUGGUGGCAAUAAAAAGAAGCAUAUACUAGUGGAGUUGGAAUGCCCUGUGUGUGGCUCUGCUAUGGAAUCUGUGGCACACUGUCUUUUGUUUUGCUCCGUCGCUCGAGCGGUGUGGCAUGGAAGCUCCCUCAGUCUUCGAGUUUCAGAGUUCCCCUCUAGCUCUUUUGCAGAUUUCUUUGAUGCUAUGUGUACUGAACUGGGGAAGGAGCAGUUGGAGCUUCUCUGUAUUUUAAGCUGGAGGAUUUGGAGCUCUCGAAAUGAAGCUCAUUGGAAUGGCAGAAGGGCACACCCUCAACAAAUUAUUGAAGGAGGCGUGAAUUACUUGAUGAAUUAUCAGCGAGCGCAGCAAUCAAUGGGGCGGGGAUCUGGAGUUGUCCAAGUGCAUGGCGAGACAAAGUGGAAGCCUCCUGACGAGCAGACCAUCAAGAUCAAUGUCGAUGGCGCAGUAGCAGAACAACGUAAGGUGUUUGGUAUGGGUGCAGUGGCUCGGGAUCAUUGCGGAGAAGUUCUGGCAACCAUGGCCUGUCAGGGGCGGGACGUUGCAGCUGCAGAAAUCGUAGAAGCAUGUAGUAUCCGGCGUGCACUGCAGUGGGCUCAAGAGUUAAAUCUUGGGAGAAUUAUUAUUGAGACGGAUUGUGCCAGUAUUGUAACUGCACUGUCAAACAAUGUAGCCUUAAAUUCAGACCUGGGAAAUGUCUUAUCAGAUUGUAAGCUGUUGAUGUCCUCUUUCCUGCACUGCCGAGUCAAACACGUGCGUCGGACUGGAAAUGCUGUGGCUCAUGAGGUUAAGAGCGAGAGUGAUAUUGAGCGUGAGUUAGAGUUUUUUGAAGAUCCUGACUACAUCCCUCCCCCUACUCCGUGCAGUGAAAGUUAUGAGACUGAGGAGAUGUCUUUUGAGGAAACACUGAGCAUUGGGGGGAACGAGGAACUAAGGAUGUUGGAGUACAGUGAUAUAAGCAUUGAGGGUGAAUCGUCUGGGUCUGAGCGGACAGAGGGAGGGGUAGGGAGAAAUGAGGUUGUUGAGGUUGGGGCAAAAGAGGUGCCUGUUAAUAUAUUGGAAGUGGGAGAUAGGAGUGAUAAGUGUUACGAUAGUGGGGCAAACAUUGUGUCUAAGGUGAAGGGGUAUGAGUCUGAGUUGUGGAGUAGGGAUAGCCUGAGUUAUCUCGUAGAAAGCUACGAGAUCUCUUCUAGAGUGUUAAUUAGGCUUGUUGGAGUGAAAGAAAGGGCAUGCUCUACACCCAAGGAUCAUUGGAUGCUAGUGUAUGCCCAUUACUUGGCUGCAGGGCUUAGGUUUCCUUUACCUGAUUUGUUGGAUAGGGGAGAUGCGGAGGUGGAGUUCCUUUCUACCUGGAGGGCUAAAAAGGCCAACCAGAAUAAAUAUAGUUUAAAUAGUGAUGAGGAGGAAGAAGUAGAGAAGCUGGUGAGAAGGGAGGGUGACAUAAUAGAUAUUAUGUUUCUCACCAACUCGGAUGUUAUAGAAGCGGCUGAGCUUUAUGGACCGAGCGCACUGAGCGAAGGCGUGUUGGUGUCUUGUGUGAUUGCUGCUGGUGGGGUGGCUAUUCCCAAAAAGCCAAGGAAGAAGUCCCAAGCUUUGGAAAAGGCUGUACCUGGGAAAGGAGAUGGAUACCUGGGAAAGGAGAUGGAUACCUGGGAAAGGAGAUGGGCACCUGGAGAAAGGGCAGUUGUCAAGCAUAGAACCCCAAGCUACAGAGGAAGUGGAGCUAAGGGGGACGGGGUAGUGGAGUUCGUACCUCAGCCUACACCUGUUGAGCUUGAUCCUGACCUCAAAGAGAUCGAGGUCCCUGCCUUUGGCAAGGGUAAAGCGUUUGUUCAUGCGCCUUCUCUCCAUAGCAGCAUUUUUGGGAGCAAGAACUUCUCCACAGUGAAGAAUUUCAUCAACGCCUACAUGCCUGAGAUGGAUCGCCGUGAAGCGGAAGGAAGAAGUCUUGCUGCAUGGAUAGACCUCAGUUGUGAGGCAUGCUCUGGAGCCCAAGAAUUCCUAGAGUUGGUGAAGGAGCGCAACAGCCUGCAGAAGGAAAGGGAUGAGCUGUUGAAGAAAAACGGUGAAAUGAAGAGGGAACUGGAUAUCGUGGAGCAUAUCGGCAACUUUAUCAACUCCAGCACAUUUGACAACAUCGUCAAUCUUUACUGGCUGCCGACUGCAAUCCUCGCCUUCAUUGAUUGCAAAAAGAAGGUCAAGACUGAGUAUCUCGAGGUGGAUAUCACCAAGAUCACCUUCGGCGAGCAAGAGGAAGGGGUGGAGAAGAACGACGAAAGCCUAUCAGCAGAUUUCCGACCUCAGGUUAAGCUGAGGUGGGAUCAUGAUGAAGAAGGACACAUUGUUUUUCCUCCCAACUUCGACUUCGAGUUCGUAGCAGUGGAGGAGGAGGAAGGAGAAGUAGAAGGAGUUGAAGUUGAGAAAAGUUAGCCAUCUUGUCCCGUAGAGGUGCAUCCAGUUCCCUCAAAAAAAGAGCAACCACCUCUCUCAGCAGAGCAAGAGCCACCACAACCACCUCCACCAGUGGAAUAGCUUAGGGAUUUUUUACUUUAGUAGUUUUUGAUUUUUCUUUUUUUGAGAACGUUGAAACAAUUGUAACUUUUAUUAUUUUUUAAUGAAAAAUUUUUUGUUGA